AUGAGCGGCCAGCGGAUCCCCGAGCUCCCGGAGCGGCUCCGGCCGGCCCUGGAGAGCCUGCGGCGGCGGGCGGAGCUGGUGUGCGGGGUCCCCGGGGCCGGAGGGGUCCCCGGGGUCCCCCCCGGGUCCGGGGACCCCUCCGGCUUCUCCGACCGCUUCCUCCUCAAGUUCCUGCGGGCCAGAGACUUCGAUGUCCCGCUGUCCCUGAAGCUGCUGCUGAACUACCUGCGGUGGCGGCGGGAGAGUCCAGAGAUCGGCGGCUGCCUGGACCCGUGCUCGGUGCUCGGCCUCCUCCACACCUCGUACCACGCCGUGCUGCCGCAGCGGGACCGGGACGGCAGCCGCGUGCUGCUCUACCGCAUCGGUCAGUGGAACCCCAAGGACUGGUCGGCGUUCCAGGUGUUCCGGGUCAGCCUGAUGACCUCAGAGCUCAUCUCCAUGGAGACGGAGACGCAGCUGCAGGGGGUGAAGGUCGUGUUCGACCUGCAGGGCUGGAGCCUCGGCCACGCGCUGCAGAUCAACCUGUCGCUGGCCCGGAAGAUCUCCUCCGUGCUGGAGGACUCGUUCCCCCUGAAGGUCCGAGGGAUCCACCUGGUCAACGAGCCGCUGUUCUUCCGGCCCGUCUUCGCCAUGAUCCGGCCGCUGCUGCCGGACAAGAUCAAGCAGCGGGUCCACAUGCACGGCCCCCACUUCCAGGACGCCCUGCUCGGCCUCUUCCCGCCGCAGGUGCUGCCCCCGGAGUACGGGGGGGCGGGGCCAAGGAUAGAGGAGGCGUGUCAGGACUGGACCAAUCAGCUGCUGCGGGCGGAGGACUACCUGAAACAGGUCGCCGCCCACCCGACGGGCGACGUCCGCCUGAGUCCGGGGGAGUCGCUGGUCCCGGAGGAGGCCGGGAACCCCGGACCGGCGGACGGCUAGCCUAGCGCUGGUUAGCCUAGCACUGGUCCGGAGCAGAGGCACCGCGGACGGUUAGCCUAGCGCUGGUUAGCCUAGCGAUGGACGAGGCCGGGAACCCCGGACCGGCGGAGAACCGGAACUUUCUCUGACGGCUUGAGUCCUAAACGUGUUUUCUGUCUGAGAGCGAGUUGAUGGCGGAUGGUUAGCCUAGCGCUGGUUAGCCUAGCGCUGGUCCGGAGCUGAGCCACCGUGGACAGUUAGCCUAGCGCUGGUUAGCCUAGAGCUGGUCCGGAGCAGAGGCACCGCGGGUGAUUACUAAAAGCUAAAGACAACAGCUAACAGUUAAUGCUGACAGCUAAGAGCUAAUGGCAACAGCUAACAGCUAAUUCUAACAGCUAACAGCUAAUAACAACAGCUAAUGAUCAACAGCGAAUGCUAACGGCUAAUGACAGCAGCUAACAGCUAAUGACAACAGCUAACAGCUAAUGACAACAGCUAACAGCUAAUGAUAACAGCUAAUGAUAACAGCUAAUGAUCAAUAGCCAAUGCUAACAGCUAAUGACAGCAGCUAACAGCUAAUGACAACAGCUAACAGCUAAUGACAACAGCUAACAGCUAAUGACAACAGCUAAUGAUCAAUAGCCAAUGCUAACAGCUAAUGACAGCAGCUAACAGCUAAUGACAGCAGCUAACAGCUAAUGACAACAGCUAACAGCUAAUUCUAACAGCUAACAGCUAAUGACAACAGCUAAUGAUCAAUAGCGAAUGCUAACAGCUAAUGACAGCAGCUAACAGCUAAUGACAGCAGCUAACAGCUAAUGACAGCAGCUAAUGAUCAAUAGUGAAUGCUAACAGCUAAUGACAGCAGCUUACAGCUAACAGCAGCUAACAGCUAAUGAUCACGAAGGACCAACGUUUUAAACUGUUUACAUGAAGUUUAACGGAAGCUAAUGUGACUUUACAGAUGUAAUUUCCCUUUAUUGAAAACUACAAUCCAUGUAUAGUAAAAACACAAUAAAGUUCUAUUUUUAAUAAAUUUAA